CUGCGCUUCCUCUUGACCGAGCUGGUUCACUUGAGCUUUGACUUCUCAAUGUCAAUGGAAACCAGGAGCAUCGGAUGCUGAACUUACCCCCUGCGAGAGCUGUUUCUCCCUUCGAUGGCAGCUGCGGGGUACCGGUUGAACUAAGCAGCAUCUCCAAUUGAGUGAGCAACGAUGGAUGGCCGGAAAAAAAAGAGAAAGGUCCUCUUGAUGGGCAAGAGUGGCUCAGGGAAAUCAUCUAUGCGGUCGAUCAUAUUUAGCAAUUAUGUUGCCAAAGACGUACGGCGGUUAGGUGCGACGAUUGAUGUUGAGCAUAGCCAUGUCAAGUUCAUGGGGAACCUGACUUUGAAUCUCUGGGAUUGUGGAGGACAAGAUGCUUUCAUGGAGACCUACCUCGCCUCGCAACGAGGGAACAUCUUCUCCGACGUUGCAGUCCUAAUAUACGUCUUCGACAUUGAAUCGCGUGAGGUCGAACGCGAUCUCGACACAUACAUGGCUAUUAUUGCCGCAUUAAGAGAAUACAGCCCCCACGCCUACGUUUUCUGCCUUGUCCACAAGCUCGACCUCAUUCAAGCCGAGCACCGCCAACGCAUCUAUGAGGAGCGCUCCGCGCUCAUCCGCAGCCGCACAGAACACUUCACGAUCGACACCUUCGGGAGCAGCAUCUGGGACCAGUCCUUGUACAAGGCCUGGGCGGGCAUAGUCCACAAACUCAUUCCGAAUCUUAGCGUUAUUGAACGAUUCCUGCACGCUUUUGCCAAGCGUAUUGAUGCUGAGGAAGUCAUCCUCUUUGAGCGCUCUACUUUCCUAACAGUGACAUCUGUCUCCUCUGAAAUCGGCGAUUUAAAUCCGAUCUAUGACCGACAUGAACGAUUAUCAAAUAUCAUGAAGGCGUUCAAGCACUGCGCUGCUCGGAAUACACACACGACUCCGGCUUCGGCAGGCUUCGUUGUCAUGCAUACCAAAACACCUCAGUUUAAUGUCUUCCUCGGCCGCUUCACUGACAAUACGUACAUCUUUAUCGUUGUGCCACCAGGCGAGGCAGCAUACAAUUGUGCCGUGCUGAACACCAUGCUCGCAAGAGAGGGCUUUUCUAAAGCCGCAGGUGCUGUCCACGGUGAUGGCUUCCCGCUUCCUGCACCCGACUCCCCAGAUGAGUCAAAUAGCAACUAA